AUGAUCGGAGAGACAGUGGCGUUCUAUCCACCCAAUGCUGUGCAAUACAGAAAUGCUCAUGAUUACUUGGCCGAUUUCGAGGACGAAAGUACGACGGACAUAUGGCGGUCGUAUGUAGCCCAAAAGCUUCUGCAUAUGAUCGGAGAGACAGUGGCGUUCUAUCCACCCAAUGCUGUGCAAUACAGAAAUGCUCAUGAUUACUUAGGCCGAUUUCGAGGAUGA